AGAAGAUUAGUGUGUAAAUGUAACUCUGUCGUCGACAACUAGCCGGAAGUCAGUUAAGUCUUUCUUUUGGAUUUUGGUCGACCUCGAAGGUCUAUCGGCUAUUGGAAAUGGGUGCCUACCGUUAUAUGCAAGAGUUGUAUAGAAAGAAGCAGAGUGAUGUUAUGCGCUACCUGCUUCGCAUACGCGUGUGGCAGUAUCGCCAAUUGACAAAGCUGCAUCGCUCGCCUAGGCCGACUCGUCCAGAUAAGGCUCGUCGCUUGGGGUACCGUGCCAAACAGGGUUUCGUUAUCUACAGGAUUCGUGUUCGUCGAGGCGGUCGCAAACGUCCAGUGCCUAAGGGAUGCACCUACGGUAAGCCAAAGAGCCAUGGUGUGAACCAAUUGAAGCCGUAUCGUGGAUUGCAGUCCAUUGCUGAGGAACGCGUUGGUCGCAGACUUGGCGGUUUGCGUGUUUUGAACUCUUACUGGGUGGCACAAGAUGCUUCUUACAAAUAUUUCGAGGUCAUUUUGGUGGACAUUCAUCACAACGCUAUCUGUCGUGACCCCAAAAUUAAUUGGAUCUGUAAGCACGUACACAAGCAUCGUGAGCUUCGUGGUCUCACUUCGGCAGGAAAGAGUUCCCGUGGCAUUGGAAAGGGCUACAGAUACUCGCAAACCAUUGGUGGAUCUAGACGUGCUGCCUGGAAGCGAAAGAACCGUGAGCAGAUGCAUAGGAAGCGUUAAGUGUGAUCAGACUGGACUAUUUUGUUGUCAACACACAUUUCAAAUAUGAAUUAAAAUCCAUUAAAAUUACUGGCUUUUGAUACGUGUAAA